AUGAAUGCAAUAAUUAUAUUUCUUUGCUUUAUUUUUGUAAUUCAUCCUAUAUCAUGUCAAUUAAUACAAGAACGUUAUGAUGCCACAAGCAUAAUCAAAGAUGACAUGUUGUAUGUUCUGGGAGGACAGGAUCAGAAUGAUAAACCCAUAUCCGAAAUAUUAUCUCUCAAUAUUACCACUUCACUAAACGUAGAUUCACCACCAUGGUCACGGUCAUUGAAAGCUCCACCAUUGGCAUUUGAAUUAAGCGGAGCAUUCCAUGGCGGUGCUAAUAAUGAUUCGAUAUAUGUUAUUUGUGGUCUGAUGAAUGACCCGGCUAGUGGUGCUAAUAUAAAUAACGAACAAACGUUAUUGGAAUACGAUACUCAAAAAGAUGUGUGGACAAGAACGGCAAUGGCAAGCGCUCCUCAAUUGAAUGGGAGAGUUAAAUUUGCUCUUUUAAGUGAUAAUAAGGGAAUGGUUUAUCUUCAUGGUGGUUAUAAUUAUUAUAAUUACACUUACCUUGGUGAUACGUAUUCAUUUGAUAUAUCUUCAAUCACCUGGACUCCGUUACCGUCACCUCAAACUCCAAUAAUUGCAGCUGACUUUGCUUCGGUAUUGUUAAAUGAUGGACGAUUGGUUAUCAUUGGAGGAUAUGAGCAGCCCGAAAAUGGUACACUCGUUCACAGACCUAUUAGUCAGCUCGAUAUGUUCAAUACGAUAGAUAAAACUUGGACUAGACAAACUGUAUCGCAGCCAAAAGAAAUGUCAGAUCAUCGUAGAUAUCAUACAUCUACGCUUCUUCCAAAUGGUGAUAUUGUUAUAAUCGGCGGUAUCGAUGUGGUACCAAAUGUCGUAAUAUUAGAAACAACAAAAAAUCAAUGGAGAAUUCCAGUCGUUUCAGGAAUUGAACCACCACUCCUUAACCAACACUGUGCAGAACUUGUCGAAAAUAGAUAUAUAUUCAUCAUGUUUGGAAAAAGAGCUGACGGUCAAAAUAGCAACAAACUCUUCAUACUCGAUACAGAAAAUUAUUCAUGGAUUACAAGCCCUAAAAAUAAAGUUCUACUAUCCACAGUUGCAUUAGUUUUCUCUAUUCUUUUAUUUGGUACAUCUGUGUCUUUAUAUAAAAGACGUAAAAAUCGAUUGGCCAAUGUUACCAUACAAGCCGAGAAUGUCUCAAUGAGUGAAAAUGUCGAUUCACAUACAAAUAUAAUGGUAUACCCAAAUGAAGAAAGUCAUAAAAUUAAAGAUCGAAAAUUUCGGAUAUUUAGUAACAAAUAA